CUUCCUAAAGAGCAUUCCCCAAGAAUAUAAAAACUUAAAAUGUCAAAAAUUAAGAAAUAUUUUUUAAAAAAGAAGCAAGAGGCUUCAUUCAAGCUUAAGCUGGGUGGCAGUAUGGGGCAAGGGCAUGCAUUGAAUGCACCUAAACCAGAACCAUCAACAUCUCGCCAAUCACGCGAUACUUACGUUCCACCAAAACGUAAAGAAUUGAGCGCAGAAGCAAGAGCAGCAGCUGCUGCUGCAUUAGCACGAGUAGAUAAAAGGGAUUCUAAAGAGUUUAACACUUCCUUAGCAGCAAUCAAAGCUCAAGCAAAGCGUGAACUUGAAGCAGAAAGAAAGUUAAGAUCUGCCGAAUCAAGUCAAACUGAUGUAGCAACUACUUCGACUGUUUCUAUUAGACAAAACGAAAAUCUUGCAUGUCAAGGGGUUUUCUUCCGCUGUCCAUUAAUAAGUGAAGAAAUAUUGCCCAAAAAGGAUUGGAAAAUAAAAAUUAAAGAGUUCCUGUACCAACAGUUAGAAGGGGAACGCGCACUUACCGCAUGUCUAAUUAUACAUAAUUGCAAUACUAAAGAGAAGGCAGAAGAUUGUAUACAAACUUUAACAAAAUAUCUGGAAAAUAUUAUCAACCACCCCGAUGAUGAAAAGUACUGUAAAAUAAGAAUGUCUAACAGAAUUUUUAGUGAAAAAGUGCGUUAUGUUGAAGGGGCAUUAGACUUUUUACUUGCCGCUGGCUUUCAAGAAAUUGAAUUAGAUGGUGAACCUUUUCUACUUUGGUCUAAGGAACAUACAGAAACGGAUUUCGAUUUGCAAACUUUGUUAGAAGCGUUGAGGAACGCAGAACCCAUUCCAUUAGAAUUGGAUCGAAAUAUUAAAGUAUUGUUACCAUCACAAGUAAGGAGAGUAACACUUCCAGAUGACUUCUACAGAAUUUCACCAGAAGAGAUCAAGCGUGAACAGCAAUUGCGAAGUGAAGCUAUUGAAAGUGCACAAGUGCUUAAAACAAAAGCAAUGCGGGAACGCGAGGAGCAAAGAAACUUACGCAUGUAUCGUUACUCUUUAGUCCGUGUUAAGUUUCCGAAUGGAAUUUAUAUUCAGGGCACAUUCAAUGUUUACGACAGAGUCAGUGAUAUUUAUGAAUUUGUACAAUCAUGUUUAAUCGAUGAAGCAACUGAGUUUAAUUUGGUAAUAUCAAGUGGUGGUAAAUUUACCGAAGCAGAUUUGGAUAAAACUCUUUAUGAUAUGCGACUCAUUCCAAACGUCUCACUGCUUUUUACUUUAACAAAUGAAACUGUUAUUAAUUCCGCUGAUGUUAAUUUUUUGAAAGAAGAACUAUUAAUGUUGGUUCAAUCCAUAUGAAAAAAUAGUUGUACAAAUUUUCCUAAAAUUACACAUGUUGCCACUUGUUGCUUGAGUUUAUUAUAUCUUAUACAUACACACAUAAAAAAAUAUAUUUGUAAAUUAUUUA